GUAAACGUAAUCUAACCUCUUUCCUCUAAACGCUUAUAAUAUAUUUUCAAGUAAAAAUAAAAAAGUAUUAGGAGAAAACUUAAUCCAAUCCAUUGAUGUAACUAGUGUACGAAUAUAAUAUUUCUAAAAAUGAUCAAAUGAACAUUCUGUCUUAAGCUAAGGAAUUCAUUGAAACGAGACUGAACUGAGGCAAUAGUCACCGAGUAACAAUGGCAGACUUAUUUGUUGCUGUCGUUUGUUCUUCGAACAUGAACCGUAGCAUGGAAGCUCACGCAUUCCUCGCUAAAAAGGGUUUCAAAGUAAAAUCAUUUGGCACAGGUGAAAAAGUGAAACUUCCGGGUGCAUCAGCCGAUCGGCCUAAUUGUUACGAGUUCGGAGUUCCGUACGAUGAUAUUUAUAACGACUUGUUGGACAAGGAUAAGACUUACUACACGCAGAAUGGAUUGCUGCACAUGUUAGAUAGAAAUCGAAGAAUCAAGCCGUGUCCAGAGAGGUUCCAGGUUUGCAACGACCGCUUUGACGUGAUCAUCACAUGUGAAGAAAGAGUUUAUGACCAAGUAAUUGAAUGGUUCGGGUCGAGGAGGUCCAUUCACAACCAGCCAGUGCAUGUGAUCAACAUUGAUAUACAGGACAACCAUGAGGAAGCUACCAUUGGUGCAUUUCUCAUCAGUGACAUGGUUUCUAAGAUGGCACAGAGUGAUGACUUGGACAAUGAUAUUGAUGAAUUAUUACAUGACUUUGAAGGCAAAUGCCAUAGACCCAUAUUGAAUUGUAUUAUGUUUUAUUGAUAUACUUUGAAUCCAUACCCAACUGAUUGACAUUUAUUACCAGUGAUCAGGGCAUUGGUUGCACUGCUGCAGUUAUAUCAAGUUAAAAUAGUAACAGAGAUAUAAUUUGUUCAUGUUGCAUUUGAAACUGCCAGAAAAUAAUAAUAAUUACAGUGUAAACUCUAUAUAACGGCACUGAAGGGACUGUGCAUAUUAUGGCGUUAUAGAGAGUUGCCGUUAAGUGGAGAGAAGAAAAAUCGGAAUUAGGAAAAGAAAAAGUUUAUUUCAGAAUAGUGUUAGUAGUAAUAUACGUUAGUCAUGGUCAAAAACGGCCUACACAUGGAAGCAAUCCCAAUUUGUAAACAAAAGAACCAAUUUUUUAGAAAGUUCGGGACGCUUGAUGCCGACGUCGAGUUUAUUGCCGGCUAGGAUAACAAAGCGACAAAAGAACGUACACAGCUGCGCAGUUCUUAAUAAUUUUAGCAACUUUAAAGGUACUUUUUAUUACUUAAUUGUUGCCGUUAUUGCCGUUAUUGAGAGUGGGUGUGAUGCUAUGUAGAGUGUAUCAUUGUAUGGUAGACAAGCUAAACCAACCAAAGUCAAUUGGUUUCGACGCUUUAGAGAGUGUGCCGUUAAAUCGAGUGACGUUACAUGGAGUUUACACUGUAUAUUUGAAUGUUGGUAAUAUAUUUAUAUAAUAAACUACAAUAAAAUAAAAUGUAUGCUGGCCAUUUUGCCCAAGCUGCAAACAAAUCCCCAAUCACUGCUUAUUACUGAUAUGAAUUCUACCAAUUUUAUGUUCCAAAUACUUAAUACUGAUUAUUUUAUGAAUUUUAACUUGACAUAUUCAAAUAUCAAACACAAACAUACCCACUUGUCUAAUUUGUAGACAGUAAAAUUUCUUAUUGUAAAGUUUUGAAAGUGUAGAAAUUAAACUUUCAAUAUUAAGCACGCUGAAGAAGGGAAGCUAGCAGUCAAUUCAUUCUUGAUAAAAUAUGUUAAUUUAAUACAUACACAAAGUUGCUUAAUAGUGGUCUUCCUAUCCCUAUUCCACAAAGUACAGCCAAAUCAAAAUCUAAGAUUUGGUAGCUAAUGCAAGAAUAAUUUUUAAUAUUUAGACCGUCUAAACUCCUAGUGCCAUUUGUCAUAUUUUCAUAGAAAGUUGAUGUAUGUUCACAUCUACAAUAUCUGUGUGGAGUUAGCAUGGUUCAACAGUAGAAUAACAUUGUCAUACCCAUACCACCAUUAAGCAUGUCCAAUCACUGCAAGCAACAGGUUUAUGACUGUUUUCUAUGUUGUAAGCACAAUAGAACACACAUACAAAUUAUCUCGUGAAGAUAUACAGACUUAGAUAACCAUUUUUAUUGCAUUUUAAACUAUGUAACAAGAAAAAACACUCCUCCAAUACGGUUACAAUGACCUAUAAUCCUAUUUUUAGGUCCUUAGACAUUUUGUCCUAUAUUAACGAUCGUCUUAAAAAGCGCGUAAAAAAACCUACUCUCAUUCGGUGAAGCCAUAAGUUUUUUCCUAAUAAUCCCAGUCGAAUACCAAUAUAUAAAACUACCUACAUAUAAACACUUCUGAAAACAUCGACGGUCAAUAAUCUGCUAUCGCGUGGCCCAUAACCUCAGAGCAUAAAAUAUCGGCAUGUCCAAUAUUGUCCAAUCUCCUAAUUCCUAUAUCUAUGGCCAUAACCUAAUGAAACCUGAAGCACAGAAUAAUAGUACAAGUACCUGAAAUUGAAGUGUAACAAACGGAAACAAAUUAAGUACCUACCUAAUUAAUAUCAACAGUUUAUUGGCUUUGUAUUGAACAGUCGCCAUCAUGAGGUGUGUUCCGAUUUGUGAGCACUGCCAGCUCCGAUAUACAGGGUGGCUAUUAAAUAACUACAUUCCCGUCGCCAGGGAGAUUUUGGGGAUCAGAAUAGGCCCCCGAGUGGUUUUUUUUUUCGCUCCAACUAUUGGAAGGGUUAAAAAAGUCGUACCUAAAUUAAAGCACGUGCCGCGUAAAACGACAUCUCUCGUUGGCCUCGUUGCCUACUUCGGAAGAUCGAUGGUAAUACUAAACCAGGCCUAGUUAGUUGAAAAUGAAAUUUCAUUCAUUAUAUGCCGUACGUACCUAUGCAAGGUGCCCCUAGGCCUAGGGUGAUAAGCAGGUAGAGGCAGGAACUAAAAUUAAAGUUUUCAUUGCCGGGCUCCGCGCCGUAGAUUCUCUUAUUUAUUCUCUAUCAAACGAUGAAACCCGCCGGCAUGAUUCUUUAUACGUGUAACUUUGCUCCCUUUAUAAGACGGGGAAAAAAUGCUUAUAUAAUUUCCCACCCUAUUUUGAACCUUUUCAACAAAGUGACAGGGUUCAAUAAUUUCCGAGACCUGUCAGCAAAAUUAGUGCCCAUUUACACGGUGCCCGAAAUCAUACACCGCAAUGAUGAAUCUCGCACUGUAUACAUAUCGUUCUAAUUUUUAAACAUUAAAACUCAUUAUUUCAAAAUUACUUUAUUUUACACCUUAGUCAGUAUUUGAGAAAUAAAUAGAACGAUAUGAACCCCUACCACGACUCACUGUCACUGCUGUCAGGCUCGUACAGUCACCAGGAAUAAUACAUAACUCUUCAAAAGCCGACAAAAUAUCUGACAAUGAACCAGAAGAGCGUGUUGUGCUUUGGUGUUGUGUAACAUAUUUGUGCUGUCUUUGAAGAGUAACAUGUUAUUGCAGCUGACUGUACCACCGAGAAGCGCCGGCUUCCGAUUUGUAAGUUCGUAUUCGUGCCAAUGAGUUUUUGAAAUGUCAUUUGAUACUUGCCAGUCGCUUUACGGAGAAAAAAAAUAUCUUGAGGAAACCGGGCUAAUUCCAAUAUGGCCUACUUUAUUCUCUGGGUUGGAAGGUCAGCUUGCAAUAGCGAUGGUAAAAACCAGAGUUAGAGAGUUACGGACCCCAAGCUCCCGAGCUGGAAAAAUGCUGGUUUACGUAAUGGAGAUGUCUGAACCCUUGACGGCCUUGACACAACUACAACGAAACGUGUAUUUGUUACACGCAAUUUUCCUAUGCAAUGCGUAGGUAUAUUGAAGUCACUCCGUUGGUGUGGCACUUAUUGCAGGUGUCCACGGGCGACUGUAAUCGUUUAUCACCAGGCGACCAGUCUGCUCGUUUGCCUCCUAUAUCAUAGAAAAAUAAACUCGUGAUAUAAUGGGCCUACUGCGAACAUCUUCCUCAAUUAUAUCUAGACGUUAAACUUUCGUGAGACAUAUUCAAAUAUUUAAAGAAUCUACGGUGUACAACUCACGCGAGUACAACCGUAGAUUCAUCCAUCUUUCUCUUUUACUCCAAUUGAUACUUUAUUAGACUUAUAGAGAAAGAUGCCCGCAAUAUUCAAGUGUUUGCGGUAGGUCCUCAGUUUUGAGGAUAUUUUUCGUGCGACGUGCGCACAAAUAGCAGUCUCUGGUUGUUAAGGGCUUUCUGAUUUUGUAGAGGUUAAAGUAGAUAUUUAUAACUUUGCGGGCGCCAUCUGAUGAGUUAUGGCUCUUAAAUAUUGCACGUCCUUCAAAUAAACCAAAAUGUAAAAAUACAUUAAAUUUAUUUUUUACAAAUGUAAUGUAAUAUAUAAUAAAAUACACGUCGGUGGAAAAAGUAGGGCCAUUGUGCAAGUUUUCGUCAACACGGAUACAUUUAUUAAAUUUUUAAAAUGAUAGUUACUAAGGAAAUAUCUAUUUUAUAGUAGGUAACCUAUUCAAGUAUCGUCAAAUAGACGGAAACUAGCACAAUAACCCUACGCCCUGAAAUGAAUUUACCUAAGCGCUUUUGCAGCUAGCACUGCUAGCAUAAUCAUUGGUAUUUUUGAGUUGUGAUGUAUAUAAUAUAAAAAUUGUAAGUGGUCAUAGAUUAUUAGUAAGGUCAACCGGGUAAAGAAACUAUGUGCCUUUUCUAAUAUUUUGGUUCUGUUUUUAUGUUUCUGUUCCGUUAAAAUCCCAAAUACAGCAAGACUAACAGAUUCAGUUGUUCCGGUUCAUCUUAUUGAUUAUUUUUUCGUAUGUUUGUGUGUGCGUCUAGAAACCUCAUCAAUUAAAUAACUGCUAUUUUCUCUCUAAAUCUAAUUAAAAAUUAUAUGUUUAAGUAUAAUCUCUCGCAAAUUGUUGCGAGGUGUAUAGUAUAGACUUUAUUUGUGAAACGCCAUUCAUUUAUUACGUAAGACUAUUUUUGCCAAGUUCGGACCCGGAAACCCGGAUGUAAGGAAAAUAUAGUUCUUAAGAACUAUGAAUUAAAUAAGGAUUCCUAGUUGACUACGGAACCCUAAAAAACACAUCACCGGCCGGCCCACUAAAUUGUAAUAAAUGAAUGCCGCUACGUGUCAAAGAAUCUACCACAAAAGGAAUGCGUAUAGAUACACUAUAAAGCUAGAGAUAUUUUUGUAAUCAACUAAUCUGGUUUUAUGAUAACACACUGAGCUGUUUCUACGCAAUGUUGUAUGUAUAAAUGACAGUACCUAAAUAAAAAUGUUAUACAAAUA